AAUGCGAUCAUCCAGCUCACCAGACGAACCACCAUAUUGCAGAAUGUACAAGGGACACCUUGAGCUGUACAUUGGUCACGGUGCUGACUGGUGGGUUCUUAUUCCUCUUGAACAGCAGGUGAUCCGACAACAACUUAUGUGUACUUCAUACAUCCCAAAAAACGUAGAAAGAGGCAAAGAGAUUGAAGUUCAUCUUCAAGUGCAUGCCGAUGUUCCUGGCAUAGAUGCGGAAGUUCUCCUUGAUGAGAAGCAUCAGUCGUACCGCAAGGCCCAUCGAUCGGUCCCAUUUAGCAUCAUCUCUGAUUCAGGUGACGUUAGAGUGGAACGUGAUUGUGAGGGGAAGAUGGCAGAAACUAAGCUGCUCUCUCUAAAGGAAAUUCACAACCGAAUGAGACAUAAAGUAGUCUUAAAAGUGCCCCCGAGAGAGGAAGAUACUGCAUUCAACGUAAUAACCAUCACACUUACACAGUCUGGGAAACUAGAGGUGUCUCGAUCAAUGUCAUUCGUCAUUAUAUAUGAAGGUGGUCGAGAUCUCGAGAUGAAUGACAGACAGACAGAUCAUGUGAGAGGGACAAGCAAAGAGUCUCUUUAUUAG